AUGCAGACAGUCUGGUCCCGUGUCGCGCAAACGCGAGGCACCUGUAACUGCCCCCAAUGCCUUCAGACUGUGCAUGCAGUUAGCCGCAGGGCGACAGCCUCUGCGACGAGAAAGAUCCCGAAGUUUCUGUACUCGUCAACGCUGUUCUACUCGGGAGUAUUUGCCGCGGCUGCCACCUGGGAUGCUGCGGGAAAGGAAAGGCGAAGGGAGCAGUGGGACCGAGCCAUUGCGGAGGUGAAGCAAGAGUUAUCGCAGGUCGCGGAUACAACAGAUCGGGGCGCGACAAGUGCAGUACCGUCAAAAAGCGCGUCGCGACAGACGUCAGACAAUGUCAGCGGUGUUCCGUGGACCAAGGGGAGGCCGCGCUGGCCCACGAACACCGGCCCAGACCUUAUGAUCCAUCGCUUACCGCCAGAGUCAAUCUACGCUACUGAUGAGCGCAAGGCGCGUGCUGACCUACGGAGAUGGACGCCCAAGAAGCUGGAAAAUGUAAUGCUCUCAGUUGACAUGCUGCAACUGAAGAUCUUCUUGGAGCUACAGACAAGGUUCAGCGGCGAAGCCUGGGCUGAAGACGCUUUAACGUGUGUUCCAGCUGCAUAUCGCGAGGUCAUGUCUCUACCGCCUGCAAACUUGCGCGCAGUGCUCGAACGGAAAAUGCAAGACACGGCAGUACUUGCCAACGCUGACUCGCAAUUAAGCGAGUGGUCCCGUUCGCCUACCGAUAACGCUCUCUGCACCUAUCAACAAGACGAUGCUGGAGACUAUCAUCACGUCGCUCGCGAGCUCAACAAUAGCCUGCAAAACCUGUUUCGGCAGCAUAAGGCAGGAGUUCUCAGCACGCCCUCUCUGCUUGCAAAACUAGCGUACAAUCUGUCCAUCUCAACGGCGCCUCCCAAUGUAAACAUAUAUAACACGCUGCUCGAUGGUCUGUCCGGUCCGGAGCAUCCUCGACUGAUGCGCGCUGUCAUAAAGUCUCUCCGUGAAACUCAUUUGAGACCCAAUGAGAACACGAACGUUGCAAUUUUGGAGCAUUACACCACAAUCAACGACGUCAGAGGCUUCGCCAGAUGGGUGGAGCGCAUGCGCGGCAAGCAUAAAGGCCUGAGUCUAGCACGGCCAGACAUUCACAUAAACCCUGCCGGAGAGAUUAGGCUGGUUAGAGUUGAGAGGGAAGGCAAACCAGACAAGGUCAUCCAAUUACCAUACCCGACACCAGAUGUCUUCGGCGCGCUCAUCAAGGGAGUGCUCAAACUCAGCGGCUUCGAUACAGCACUCGCUAUCUGCUCCGGCAUGGGCCAGGAAGGCUGGGGUCUUUGUAUGGCAGGACUGACUCCGCUGCUCAUCGACUGUGCAGACCGAAGCGAUUGGAAUGCUGGCAUGGCGGUUUGGCACCAGAUUCAGGCGCUACGGGCCCGCGGCCGGAAACGAACCGAUUGCAGGUACUGGGCAGCGCAGGAGGUCAACCCCAACGCGUUCGCUGCAAUGCUCCGUCUGUGCAUGCGCAGUGGCGACAAGAAUACCUACAAGACCAUAUGGCAGCAGGCGAUGAGAACGAACCUCCAAGCACCACAGCUGCUUGUGGAUCUGGUGAAGGCGCAGAACGCGACCGCAGAUGAGGCUCUGGCCAGACAGAGCAACGUUGCCGCAACUCCGGUGUCUCAGAGACCGAAGGAUGGCUCAACCCAGACAACUCGCGCAGACACAGAUCACACGAACUCACAUCCUGUCGAGCGCUUAGUACGGCAACAUCUUGACGAUGAGCACAACGUUGUUGGGAUGACGCCGCCCUCAGCACGACGGUCGCGGUCUCGGUAUAUCAUCCAGCGUGAGCAGCUGGAAGGCUCGCUUCCUGCUAGUGACGAGCUCGACGACUACGAGAUAGGCGAGAGGCCAAUGGCGUUCAGUAAUGGCUGA